AUGGUGUGUCAGCAGUCGUACCCGAACGACUGCGAAACGUGCCCGGCGAACGUAUGCGUCGCAGAUCCGUCCAAGGCACCGGGCAAGCUGUACGGCGUCGCGAUCGGAGGGAGUCUCGGCGCGGGAUUCUUUUGUAUUCUCUUGCCUUCGGUGGAUGACAAGGUGGACCCGAUCCCGCCCAUGCCCCCCAUGCUGAACGAGACACACGAGGUACCCCAGGACGAGGUCCCCAUGCAGUCCAUCUCCUCCCCAAUGCCAGAGCGUAGCGGAGCGCCAUCGUCGCGCGAGCUGUGGCGCAUCUCGGAGCAGGUCGAACCUCCCGAGCCCAUGCGCCACCGCCUCCCAAACAUCCGUGGCGCUCCGGCCUCGGCAACGUCCAGCCCCAAGCCAAACGUGGCCAGCACCCCGGCAGGCCUCGCACGCCGAGGGCCCGUCGGGGGGACGGGACAGGCGUUUGGCUCGCCCAACACGGACCUCGAUGCAGCACGCACGAGUGCCUACUACGCUUUCUGGAACCAUCUCGUGGACGAGUACGACCACCCGGACUGUGAAUCGGUGCAGACGGUCACGCUAUCGCCACGCCCCAUCUCUAGCACCGCUAUGGUGGAGUCGCCGAUGGGCACGCCAGGGCACGCGGCGCGUGUCCCGCUCAGCAAAGGGCGUGUCGAGCUCGUGCAGGUGCCGUCGAGCAAGCGGGAUCAGACACGAAUGCGGUGA